AUGAAGAUCUCAAGCUCGCUCGUUGCCAUCAGUGUGGCUCUGGCAGCUACGCUGGUGGGUGCGUCGCCCACUGCCGAACGUCGACAGACCUGUACUCUGCCGACCUCGUACAAAUGGAUUCCCUCGGCGCCUCUCGCCAAGCCCGCCAAUGGUUGGGUGGCGCUCAAGGACUUUACGCACGUACCGUACAACGGCAAGCACCUCGUCUACGCCUCUACCCACGACCAAGGCACCAAGUACGGCUCUAUGGGAUUCGCGCCCUUCUCUACCUGGGCCGAUAUGGCAACUGCCACGCAAACGGCCAUGAAGACGUCGGCUGUUGCACCAACGAUCUUCUACUUUGCGCCGAAGAAGACCUGGAUCCUGGCGUCGCAGUGGGGCGUAGCAUCGUUCUUCUACAUGACGAGCAGCGACCCCACCAAUCCCAAUGGAUGGUCGGAAGAAAAGCCUCUGUUCACCGGCAAGAUCGCUGACAGCGAUACGGGACCGAUUGAUCAGACGCUGAUUGGAGACAGCUCCAAGAUGUGUCUCUUCUUUGCCGGUGAUAACGGUAAGAUCUACCGAUCUUGCAUGCCCAUCGGCAACUUCCCCGGAAGCUUCGGUACUGCAUCGGAGGUCGUCAUGUCCGAUACGAAGGCUAAGCUCUUCGAGGCUGUGCAGGUAUACACUCUCGAGGGUCAGAACAAAUAUCUGAUGAUCGUAGAGGCUAUGGGUAGUGGUGGACGUUACUUCCGCUCCUUUACGGCUGAUAGCCUCGAGGGCAAGUGGACCGUCAAUGCCGGCGAGGAGUCGGCACCCUUUGCCGGUAAGGCUAACAGCGGUGCCUCGUGGACCGACGAUGUCAGCCACGGCGAUCUGAUUCGAUCCAACCCCGAUCAAACCAUGACGGUGGACCCCUGCAGACUUCAGCUGCUCUACCAGGGCCGUGACAAGUCCGUCGCUACUCCUAGUUACGAUCUCGCCCCCUACCGCCCCGGCCUUCUUACUCUCCAGAGGUAG